GGACAGAGGUUGGAAAAGAUGGCGGCGCCCAUGGAGCUGUACUGCAGGGCUGGGGGCUGGGGCUUGCCCUCCGUGGUCUUGGAGAGCUUCAUGGUGUUGACUUUGCUUGCACUCCGAACAAGUGAUGUUCGGGUCAUCUCACAGCCACACAAGAUCAUCACUCAUCUAAGGGUACAGAAAUACAAUGCAGACAAUAAUCUUUCAGCCCGGCAAGGGGAAGAUACCUUGACCUUCAUGUCACUGCUGGAAGAGAAGUUGCUGCCCGCGUUGAUCCACACUUUCUGGGUUGAUGCCAAGAACUAUGUGGAGCUGACUGGAAAGUGGUACGCCGAAGCCAUGCCCUUCCCCCUCAUCCUGUUCUACCUAGGCCAAAUGCAGAAGAAACACCUAGCUUGGCUGCAGAAGGAAGAGGAAGUAGGGAAGGAGCUUUAUAUAGAGUCCUGGGAGUGCCUGACGCUCUCUCAGUGCCGGGGAUGCCAGAAGUUCUUUUUCGGAGACUCUCCUGCCUCCCUGGAUGCCUUUGUCUUCAGCUAUGUGGCCCUGCUGCUUCAGGCUAAGAUUAGGAAACUACAGUCCCAUGUUCGAGGGCUGAGCAACUUCUGUGCUUACAGCACCCAUAUCCUCAGUCUCUACUUCCCUUGGGAUGGAGCUGAAGCACCACCCCCACGCCCAGCACCUUCAGCCUCAGAGACUGAGGUGGAGGGUGUGAUCCUGUCAGUGUUGGCUGGCAUAGAAGCCAUGGUGUGCUAUGCCCCGCUCAGCCGCAUCAUCUCCAUACAGCAGGCAGCUCCUACUCGAACAUCAGGCACCCAGGCCUUAGGUAUUGCUGAGGAAGAGGAGGACGAAUAA